UUCUGGCCCGAUUGGUCGACCCGAAGCACAUGGCUAUAAAAUCCGACAAGCAGAUCUAUUCAUCAGUCACUCUCAAUAAACCUUUUAUUGACUUCAGUGUUCUAUUCAUCACUCACUCUCAAUAAAUCUUAAAAGGAUGAGCUCUCAAAUCUGCAGAUCUGCUUCCAGAGCAGCAAGGUCCCUUCUUUCCUCAUCAAAGAAUGCUCGUUUAUUCUCCGAAGGACGAGCCAUUGGUGCAGCAGUAGCGGUUACUGCAUCAGAAAAGAUCCCUCUCUAUGCAUCUAACUUUGGAAGAUCAUCAAGUUCUGGUGCUGCUUCAAAGAGUUGGAUCACUGGACUCUUGGCUCUUCCUGCUGCAGCCUACAUGGUUCAAGAUCAGGAGGUUCUUGCUGCUGAGAUGGAACGCACGUUCAUCGCUAUCAAGCCUGAUGGAGGGCAACGAGGACUGAUAUCAGAGAUUGUUUCUCGAUUCGAACGCAAAGGAUUCAAGCUUGUUGGUAUCAAGGUCGUUGUUCCUUCCAAAGAUUUCGCGCAGAAGCAUUACCAUGAUCUUAAGGAAAGGCCUUUCUUCAAUGGCUUGUGUGACUUCCUUAGCUCUGGUCCUGUUAUUGCCAUGGUAUGGGAAGGAGAUGGUGUGAUCAGAUACGGACGUAAACUGAUUGGAGCCACCGAUCCUCAAAAAUCUGAGCCUGGGACAAUCCGAGGAGAUCUUGCAGUUGUUGUUGGGAGGAACAUAAUACAUGGAAGUGAUGGACCAGAGACUGCAAAAGAUGAGAUCAAUCUGUGGUUUAAGCCUCAAGAACUCGUCUCUUACACCAAUAACGCUGAGAAAUGGAUCUAUGGCGACAACUAAACCCCCUCUUUUCUCUAGUGCUUUUUAUUUUAUUUUCCCCUACCAAAACAAGAAACAGUUAUUGCAGAUAGAAACAAAUUUCCGGUUUUGAUUUAACCCGGCAAACUCAGUAACGAAUAAUAAUUAUGGGAUGAUUUGGGUUUUGAAGUUCUUGUUGGACCUGAAUACUAAAUACAAAAUAUUUUCAGUUACGGUUUCGCAAAUGUACAUGCGUGGUAGCUAGCUGUUGAUUUAUAUAAUAAACAUAGUAACA